AUGCCAAUAUUUCUUCAAUCAGCCCAUUGUACGCUCCUGUCCAUACCUCCUCUCACCCCUGAUGACAUCAAAAGAGCAUUGAAGGCCAAGCUGAAGGCAGACCGGCGGCAUCUGCAGGAACCUCAGUGGCAGGCGCUGUUCCAGGCUUGCAUCUCUUGUCCCUGUCCUCUCUACCUGGAAGCCGCUUAUUCCGAGAGCCUCUUGUGGACGUCCUACUCCUUCCAGAGUCUUCCUCCCAGCCUGGAGGACCUAUACCUUAGUCUGCUCGCUCGCCUGGAGAGAGAACUGGGGAAACAUCUGGAGUUACUGGACCUCCUGGCCAAAGAUGGGAAGGUGCUCGAGGAAGUGAUCUCUUCUCAUCCAUUCUCUAGCCACUCCAGGGUGCCUUACGUCUUGUGGGCUCGACUGAAACUUAACCUAGGUCACCACCUCACCGAGGUUAGGACAGAUGGGACGUGGGUGUACCGCUGGACACACUCUAAACUGAGCCACGUGUGCAUGAAUUACUAUUUACAAAGGGACGACUCUCGGAUGGCGCUGCACGCCGACUACGCUGACUACUACCGUGACAAAUCACAACAUGCACACAUAUUUCAGCCACUUGCGUGGACAUUGAAUGAGAAAGGGGAAGGGGAAGGUACGUCUAAAAGUUUCAGGUUCAAUCUGAGGAAGCUCCAUGGGUUGCCCUACCACCUGGUCCGCUCUGGCCAAAUCCUGCCCUUCCUGUCUGAUUGUGUUUUUAACUACGAGUUCCUGCUACAUAAAGCCUGGGGUCUGUCUGUCCUGGACAUAAAGGAGGACCUAAAGAAAGCCGUGCUAUCAGAAAAGGUACUGGUGGAUGUGGAGAUUCUGUCAGGUGCUCUGGAAAUGUCCCAGCAAGUGCUGCAACAGGACCCCUGCCAGCUGGCCUCCCAGCUCAUGGGUCGACUGGGGCAAAUGAUUAUUGAGGACCGGCCAGUUGCUAAAGGUGACCCACGAAAGUUUAGCUACCUGCACGAUCUUCUGGCUCAGUGUACCCAGUCGUCCCUCCCGGUGUUGCUACCCUCCUCCACAUGCUUACUAUCCCCAGUAGUAAGGCCCCAACACACCCUUCUCGCAGGUCACUUGACCAAUGUGACUGCUCUGGGAGGGGGCCAAAGAGGUACCUUGGCUGUCACCAGUGAAGCAAAUGGAUGUUUGAGGUUCUGGGAUCUGGAGCAGAGGCGUAUAAUCAUGAGCCUAAAUGCAGAAGGGGGGAUUGUGGGAGACUACCUCACCCUCGGUCUGGACGACAGGAUGCUCAUAGUCCGCCAGAGACAGAGUCUACAGGUGAGAGAGAGGGAAUCUGGACGAGUUGUGUAUUCAGAGAACGACUCCGUGGACGUUCCUAUUGUCACUACAACCUGUGAAGGACAACUCCUGGUCGUCUUCUACGAUGGAAGUCAUCGAGUCAAGGUUUUUGACCUGGACACCUCCUGCUCUCUGCUGCACAGUGUUAACGUUUCCAUGGAACCUGAGGCCGUCCACGAAGACCGCUCCAUUCUGCUGUCCAGCUGCUCCAUCAGAGACUACGUCCUGUUUGCCUACAGGUCUGGUGGCGAGGCGGCAGUAUUCGGCGCCAGGGGGGGCGCUGUGCUGUCUGUCCUGUCUGCACAGCGCGAUGCGGCCUCCAUCCAAGCUGUGGAGAUGACUGAAGAUUACCUGCUGCUCUUCUGCAGAUACCCGCACAAAGGAGGCGGUGGAAUCAUCCACAUCGAGCUCUUCAGCGCCUCCACCUUCGCGUACCUGCGCUCCGUACUGGGCUGCGGUCAGGACUCCAUCACCUGGGUUACCGUCAACCGCGAAGGCUCUCACGCCGUUGCCUUCUGCUCCUCCCUUCACACCGGCCUCACCGAGCUGGUCACCUGGAACCUGGAGACCGAGGACCACAAGCACCUCGCUCGCUUCCCCGCGGUGCUCACUCAAGGUUGUUCUGGCAUCUAG